GACAGAAGUACUGCUAUCUGCCGCCAAUCCUCCUACCAAACGCUGCUUAUUACAAUACACAAUCGGUCAAUAUAUAAACUGCUGCUCUUUCGUGUGGAUCCUGAACCGACAAGGAGUCUUCUCAGAGGUAUGUAUUUCACAUCUCAACAGACGGGCAAACAGUUAGGAUAUGUCAGGGAAUUGGGAUGAUUCUGGCGACAGUGAUGGUGAUGUCGUCGUUGUCGAGAAGCCGGUGAUCCUUCCUAGGGCACGACAACCAUCUAUCGCAAAAAGUCUCGAGAAGGCUGUCAUUCUGGAAAGCUCCGUGGCGGGGUCAACAAAGGACUCCGAUGCCUCCUCAGAUGAUGAAAGUGAGUCGGUGGGUAGUGCGGCCUCGGAGGAAUCACUGGAAACAGCGGAUGAGGUCCUUGUUCUGGAUUUCGACACUACAACUAGUAUGCGAAAGAUGAUAACGCAAUUCGACUGCGUGUACAGGAACAUCAUAUCCGAAUUCGCUGAUGUAGAAAUCUUCGCUAUUUCACUAGAUAGUCUAGUAGUCGAAUGCUUAGCACAUUCCUACCAUGAUUGGACUCUAGCAGGACAAUCUAUUGUUCUUACCAAGCAGAUCGAUAGAUUUCUCCAACAAUUCGUGGAUUUUGGAGGAAAAUUUAAGUUGAUUGUUUUUACUGACUUUGCAUCGAUGUUUGCACGCGAUACCACCUUAGCCUUCGCGCGUGCCACAGCGAUCGCUCACAUCUGUACUGGACCUUUUGCCAAGGAUUUGUUGUAUUUCUCUAGUCCUGUGGACCCUGAAUGGGCACAAUUCCUCCAUGAUUUGACCCCCUCAUUUUUGAUGAUCUCCGUUGAUAAUGUCACGCGCGAGGCGUGUGCACAGGAGGAUUUGGAUAUCUCGCCUCAGUUGGAAACUAUUGUGCUAGAUGUUUUAUCGCAAGCUAUACCGGUUGUUUUGCUGUCAUCAGUUGUCGUGAACUUCUCAUCUGUAUUCGCUUAUUAUAUCAACCCUAAGCUAUGUAUCAAGUAUAACUGGGAGAGUUUUGCAGCGGCACACUGGGAAUGCAACAGUAUGUUGCUGAAGAUGAGCAAGUCACCAACCGAAGACGCCUCUUCUGUAACUUCUGUCGCCGAUUUGUGGACACAGAUCAUUAUUGCAGCGAAAAAGAGGUGCCCUCGCGAUUCCAUCUCGGAGCAUUUCGAAGCUCUAUGUUGUGCGGUUCUCCUAUCAGCGCUAAUAUCCAGCAAACGCGGCCCAUCUCGGGUGUACUUACCAGAGAAAAAAGGUGCUAAGCGAGGACUGGAUGUUAUUAAAGACAGACGUUUGCUGCUCACCACAGCAACUAUGUUUUUAGAGAAGCUGAACUUCGCGACUGUGAAGUUCUCAUUCUCCGACUUUUGGGACGGCCGAAUGGUUAUCGGCUGUUUCGACGUCAUUUGCGCCAACGAACCUAUCCUACCCUACCGCAUACAAGAAGAGUUUGCUCGUCUGCACAACAAGGCAGCAUUAACCAAACCUAUAGCCACCGACACAGCAGAAAAGCUGUUCGAUCCAAUACCAGAGGCUCCAAAUCCUUUGUCAUCACUUUCGGUGAUGUAUGCAGUGAAAUCGCCUUUGGUAGAUAAAUACAUACCUGAGAUGAAGACAGCUCAUGCGGAGACAGUAUUCGAAGAUGGCCGACAGCAAGAUUAUGUUGCUCUUAUGCAAGAAAAGAUGUCUUGGAAGCUGAGACCAAUUGAAGAGGAAUUUACGAAGAAAGUGGAGGUUGUUACAAAUGAGUGGCAGAGAAAGAGAGCAAAUAAAGCUCGCCAGCAAAUGAGCAGAUGGUACGAAAUGUUCGCUAAUUCGUUGGAAGGACGAGGUACAAAUCUGCUCGUUGACUUCUCUCGUAUUCCGAAAGGCCAUGCCGUGAUUGAGGAUGUGAGUGUUGAUAAUGCCCCCAAAAAGGCAGGAAAGGCAUGGGCUGGUCAGAAAGGAGGUGGUGGUGGAAAGAAAGGUUUAAAGGAGGCAGCGAAGUCUAAAAAGGAUCUGAUUCUUGAAGCGAACAAAAAAGCAAAAGAUUCAAAGCUUAUCGAAGGCGAAAAAAAUAAGAUCAAAUUCGCCACGCAGCAAGGAAGAAACGCAGUACAGUUCCUUGAACGCUGUUAUGCCACUUUUGAAUUGCCGGAAUCGAAAGCACUAUGUGCUUAUGAGAUUUUGAUAAGAGAAGGGCGAGAUCUACUGGGAAGACUGACGGGACCGGAGAAUCUGGAGGCCCGGAGAGUACAAGCCGUCACUUUUGUGGGAAGACUGAAGGAUUGUCUUGUUACGCACUGGCCUCACCUAGACUCGAAGCAGAAAGAACAAGUGGUAGAUCUUUGGACAGCUCUAGGUUUCGAAGUACCAGCUGGUAUGAAAGCGUCUGCCGAAGCGAAAAUGAAAAGAUUGGAUCUUGGCAUGAACAUGAUUUACUACCAACUGGAGUAUGGCGGAGAGCUAAUAGAUAUCCAGUCGGACCCAAGAAAGGACGACCGUGUGACCGGUUUCGCUCCGGAUGCUUGGCAAAGGAAGAUGCUUGACUCAGUGGACCGCGGCAAUUCCGCCAUCAUAGUUGCUCCCACCUCUGCUGGUAAAACUUUCGUCUCAUACUACUGCAUCGAGAAAGUGUUGCGAGCAAGCGAUGACGAUGUAGUUGUAUACGUUUCUCCCUCGAAAGCUCUCAUAAAUCAGGUCUGCGGAUCAGUGUAUGCCCGAUUCCGGAACAAAUCAAUGACCAGAGGAAAGUCUUUAUUUGGAACCUUGAAUCCGGAGCAUUCUCAAAACCCGCUUCAGUGUCAGGUACUGGUCACAGUGCCAGAAUCCUUAGAGGCUUUGAUGCUCUCUACCAACCCGAAGGUGCAAGAAUUUGUUUCUCACAUCAAAUAUGUAGUCUUUGAUGAAGUCCAUUCAAUUGGAGCCUCGCCGGAAGCUCACAUCUGGGAACAUUUGCUGCUCCUCAUUCAGUGCCCCUUCCUCGCUUUAUCGGCAACAAUCGGAAAUGCAGCUAAGUUGCAUGCGUGGUUGGAUAAUGCUGAGCAGAGCAAAACGGAUCAUAAGCGUAAGGUAGACCUUAUCAUACAUCACGAACGCUAUUCUGAACUGGAAUUGUCCAUCAUGCGCGUGGAGAAGCCACAGCCUAUCGAGGCUAACCCCAAUAAUGAUCUUGAAGUCGCUUCCUCUGCAACAUCCGAUUCCAUCGAUGGAGACAUGAUCGAGCCAUUCAUGCCGUACGGUGUGUUCAUGCCCGAGAAAAUCAGGAUGUUUGGCAUCCCCGAUGACCAGCAAUUGACAGCGCGACAGAUCUUGCAGCUCUACACAACUAUGGCGGCUGUAGACGAAAAAACCAAGAGUGAAUUCGAGCCAUGUCACUUCUACGGGUAUAAAGCAAAUGAACCGCUCUGGCUUUCGCGUUCCGCCUUACGAAAACUCGAAAAUGGUUUGAAGCAACGUCUCCUUCAAUGGCUCGCGGAAGAUGAACAGAAGUUGAAGAAGGUACUCGAUAACUUAGCGAAGCCCAUUGAUGAACAACUGAAACACCGCGCUGUUCCUUUCAAUAAGGAGAAACUUGCUUUGGAAAAUAUCGUUCGCAUUGUUGAUGAAAUGAACGAAAAGAAUAUGCUGCCUGCGAUGUGUUUCAACGAUGAUAGGAGCGUGUGUGAGAACCUUGCUAUUCGCCUCUGCAAAGAGCUCGAAGACAGAGAAAUGGAGUUCAUGAAUAGCGCUGAAUUCAAAACGAAGUACGCAAUAAAAGACGAAGAUAAAAUCGCCAAACUUGCGAAGAGAAAACGUGAUAUGGCUGACAAGAAGAAAGGAGAAAAGAAUGAAGAUGAAGACGAGAAAAAUGAAACUGAAGAGAUUGAUCCACUCGCAGCUCAGCGUGCAAGACUAAAACAAGUUCUUGCAAAGUUUCGACUACGUGGUCGCGGUGGUGGUGAUCAAGAUUUGUAUGAUAAAAUGACAGAAAGAAUGCGAAAAGGAUCAAGAGGCCGUGAAAGCACCAGAAUGUUGCUCCGGUUAUUCGAACGCGGAAUUGGUUACCAUCAUGGAGCUUUGAAUAACGCUGAAAAAGGUGCUGUUGAAGUUCUCUACCGAAGUGGUCAUUUAGCCAUCAUAUUUACUACAUCGACUUUGGCUCUUGGUGUGAACAUGCCUUGUAAAACGGUACUCUUUGGUGUUGACACUCCAUUGCUCACACCUCUUCUGUUCCGACAAAUGAGUGGUCGUGCUGGACGUCGAGGAUUCGAUCAUUCUGGAAAUGUGUGCUUUAUGAGUGUUCCCACAAGCAAGAUGCGACGUUUGCUGACAGCUUCUCUGUCAACCUUACAAGGAAAUCCUCCAUUUUCCACAUCGUUCAUCCUGAGAGCACUUUCGUAUGUCCAUGCCAAAGACGCUAUUGCGGAAGAUCACACCGGACCAAUCUCGACCUUCGCAGAGAGAGCAAAGAGUGCGCUUUCCUUACUACAACAUUCCUUCUCUUUGUUCACCAGACGUGAGGCGGAGAAUGGUACACUGCAGAAGCAAUUACGCUUGUAUGCUGCUUAUUCGAUCCAGCUUUUGAGGCAUCUUCAGCUGCUGACUGAAAAUUGCGUUGGCAAAAAUCUGGCUGGACUUGCUGCUUCCUUAGCCGAGGUGAGUACCGGAGAGCCAGGAAAUCUACUCUUCAUACAUCUUCUACAAAGAGGAGCCUUCCAUGUGAUGAUCAAGCAAACCCCGGACAAAAACAAGUUGAGACUCAAGAUGGUCACGAUUUUGGCCAACCUCUUCACUCGGGAACGACUGCCUCACUGGUUCCAAAUGGAUGACAAAAGUACCUACCCUGCCGAGGCCAAAAAUUUGAUCUUCCUAACCGGAUUGCCGAAUGAAAUGCAGCAUCUCCUCGAUGAAUACAACGAAUUUGCUGUUUCUCUUUACCAGAAGUUCAUGGCUGCCGCGUCAAGCAAUCACAAUCUUGUUGCUCACGAGUUUGCUAUUGGCCACUAUGAUGCAAAGGAUGUUUUUCUCAAGAACGAACUUGUGCCACCUGUAUUUGAAGGCUAUUCACAUGACUCAUCAUUCAUGCCUGUAAUAAACUUCAAUCAGAAAGACCAUCGUGGUAGGAAGAUCUGGUACAAUGCAUUCGCAGUUGCAUUUUGGGUGCAUGAGUCUCGGCAGAAACUGCUAACAUUGAAUCAGAUUCACGUCAAUCAAAUGUGGUAUCUGCUUCACGAUUUUAUCGCUAUUUUGCAACGGUUAGCUGAAGGUCUGGAAGCUGUGGCAAGGCAACAAGAUCCAGUAGCUGAAUUGGUCCGAGAUAUAUACAGCGAGUAUUACUCGAAGUUCUGUUCUGCUUUCGGUAUGAAGAACAAAGGUUAAUCGAUCAUGAAUGGUGCAUAAAGUUAUGCUUAACCUGUGAACGUGGUCCCUCUUAUCUCCCGUUGACCUUGGUGAUUGUUUCCUAAAAUUUACUUGCCACAUAUCUCUUCGUUCUUACCUUGUGACUUUCGCCUCUAAGCAUUUUCUCCGUCUUUGCGAAAGCGCACAAUUCUGGUGUUGCUUACGAGUGUGUUCAAAAUCAUCGCUUUCUGCUUUUCUUAUUUGUUUCCAUUGUCCUCUCGUUUAUCGCAUGGGUCGAACUCGCUCGGAUCAACUUGGAUGGACUCUUUCGAGUGCACUCUUUCUCAUCAAAGGGUUGUUUUUAGCGUACUUGAUUUGCAUUAGAACUUUUGUCGUCUUCUUUUACUUUAUUUUUCUUUCAGAAUACAGACUCUAUAAUAGAUCGAAUUAUGUCUAUGAGCUCUCUCACUCAUGGCGCUACAAAUGCAUGAAGUCUAAUAAAGUUUUAUUUUUAA